AUGAAGAUGCGAUUCGAUAUCCUCUCCUUUGCCGCGCUGGGGCUGCUGUCGUUCGUCCAGGCGGACUCAUAUCAUUACUACGACAAGCCGGCAAAACGCGAUAUACUGGGAGACAUUUUGGGACAGUUGACCGGAAACAAUGGCAAGAAUGGUGGCAAUGAAGGCGACCAAAAGGCCAAGACUGUCACCGAGACUGUUCGACAGACCAUCACGGUCGGCGCUGCUGCUGCUGCGGGGGGGCUGAAUGCGACAGCUGCUGUCAAGACCGAGACUGUCACCGUCACCCAAUCCGCCGAGACGCAAAAGGGAGGCCAGAAUGCUGGAAACCAGGAAGGGGCGGCGCAGCUAUCAUUCGUGACAACGACCGUCUUCGGAACUGGCGCAGCCCCGACGGUCACCAUCACCGCGUUGGCCUCGACUGUUACUCAGCAGGUGACUACGACCAUGAUGCAGUUGAUCGCCUGUGGCACACUUCAAGGCUCUCCGGUUGCAGCAUCCGAUGCUGCUGCCAUUGCGUCAUCUGCCGCCGCAGUGGCCUCUUCUGCUCUCGCCGCUGUUCCCGCACAAAGUCAGGUUGCAACCACCUCUGCGGCUCAAGCGACAACCUCGGUCCUCACCACUGCUAAAAGCGCUGCUACAAGCGUUGCCACCAGCGCUGCUGCAGUCACCAGUGUCGCUACCACGAGCUCUUCAGCGGCCGCAGUUGUCUCGUCGUCGUCGUCCACUCUCGCUUCGGUUGUGAGUACAUCACAAGUGACCACCAGCACAGCAGCAGCAGCAACUACUUCAGCCACAUCAACCUCAUUGACCACAUCGGUUGCUCAAGCCGCGACUACUGCAGCUGCCGCCUCCUCGGUUGCCCUGCCCGUCGGUGGCAACCCGGCAGUUGCUGCUCCCGCUGUCACGACAUCUGUACAGAAUGCAAAUGUUAUUCAAGGCGUCAACCAGGGGCCCUCGAUAGACUUGAGCAACGUUUCGCUCAACAGCAUCAUCAAUCUCGGUGCUCUGAUUCAGCAACCUACGCCUGCCGCGGCCUAG